AUGAGAUCUGUUCGUGAUUUUUGUAGCGAUGGUAUAGAAGUCAUAGUAUCUGGGAAGGAAGCUUUUGAAGCAGUGAGACAAUAUACUAAAAAUGCAUUAAAAGGUAGUAAGUUGCGUUACAGAUUGUAUAGAGGUUCUAUCCCAAUCUUUACUUACUAUGGAAUCGAAGAUCAAAUUUCUGAGUUAUAUAGCAAUAGGGUAGAGUUGCCAUCUGGUGGGUCUUUGGUAAUAACUUUAACUGAGGCGUUUGUUUCAAUAGACGUAAAUUCAGGAAAGAUGACAGGAGAAGAUAGCAUAGAAGAAACAGCUUAUAGAACCAAUAUGGAAGCAGUACCUGAAAUAUCAAGACAGGUGAAUCUUAGGGGCCUAUCAGGAUUAAUAGUAGUCGAUUUUAUUGACAUGUUGAAAUAUCAGUAUUGCAGAGCUGUUGAGUCUGCUAUAAAGCAAGCGUUUAAAGACGAUAAAGCUAAAGUUCAAUUUAGCUACAUAAAUGACUUUGGUUUAAUGGUAUUUUCAAGACAAAGAAUUAAACCAAACAUACAAGAAAUUAAUACUACAGAGUGUUUACACUGCAAGGGUAUUGGAAGAGUAAAAUCGAACGAAGUAAUUGUUGCAUCGAUACUAAGGGAUUUACAACACAUUGCUCAUAGGAACCAAAAUAAGUCUUUUGAUUUAGUAGCGCAUAGUGCGGUUAUAGCACAUAUUUUUAAUAAUAAACGGAAUACAGUUUCUACAAUCGAAAAAGAGUUUAAUAUUACAUUGAACAUUAGUAUUGAUAACAGUUUAGAUGUAAAUACAUUUGUUUUAAAACAAGGAGAUGAUGUUAAUUCAAACGGUUAUAAGCCAUUACAGAACUCUGGAUACCAAAUUGAGGAUAGCAGCAAUGAAGAAGUUGAUAAUUCAAAUAAACUACGAGGCAAUUUUUGGCUGACUAAAUGGCUUUCGCGCUUUUUAAGUUCUAAUAACUAA